CCGUGCAGAGGAGCUCGGUCGAGGCGAGCAGCCGCAGCCUGCGCAGAUACAGAAAUGCUCAUGCGCUGACAUCAGCCGAGGUGUCGCCCGGGGGACGCGGGGCUCAUCCAUCCGCCGGCGGGCUUUUACGCACACGCAGCGACGCGCCGCCACCGGGUCUUCGCGGCUUCCAUCGGGGACUAUGAGUGGAGCAGGGGCCCGGAGUUUGAGAGACUUGUAAUUCAAACACACACACACACACACACAGAGAGAGAGAGAGAGAGAGAGAGAGGGAGAGAGAGAGAGGGAGAGAGAGAGAGAGAGAGAGGGAGAGGAGCUCCGUGUGUGUCCGCAGGAGAGGACGGGCUGCUCUUUUCUCCUGCCGUCGGACUCCCCCUCGUAUCCAGGAGGAUGGUGCUGGACAAGGAGGAGAGUGUGUCUCUCGUGUCCCUCCAGUCCAGAGAGAAGCCGAGGGGCUGCGCCGGCUGCAACGGGAAGAUCCGAGACCGCUUCAUGCUGCAGGCACUGGACAGAUACUGGCACGAGGACUGUCUGAAGUGUGCCUGCUGCGACUGCCACCUGGGCCGGAUGGGCUCCACCCUCUACACCCGGGCCAACCUCAUCCUCUGCCGCAGGGACUACCUGAGGCUCUUCGGGGUGACAGGGAACUGUGCGGCCUGCAGUAAGAUGAUCCCUGCCUUUGAAAUGGUGAUGAGAGCCAGGGACAACGUCUACCAUUUAGACUGCUUCGCCUGUCAGCUCUGCCGCCAGAGAUUUUGCGUGGGAGACAAGUUUUUCCUCAAGAACAACAUGAUCCUGUGCCAGCUGGACUACGAAGGAGGCCAUCUUAAUGGCAGCACUGAGAGGCAGCCUCACUAAGAAGAUCAGACCGGGACGACUGUGAGCCAGUUGAACUGUGAAACUCACAGCAGCUUCCCUUUACAGACUGAACCCCUGAGUGGUGAGAACACCGAGGGGACACAUUUCCAGCAGCUCAUGUUUGAACUCUCUAUGAUCGAGCUGCACAGUAACCAUCCUGAAAAUGGUUGUUUCUGAUGAGAUGGACCAGAGAUCAACCAAGAUGGAAUAAUGAAAGUACGAGGACGAUAUUUUCCAGAGCACUUGGUGUGGACUGUGAUGGUUCUUCCCCCCUCCCCCUUUAUUUUUUUACAUUCAACAAAAAUAGAGUGAACUCAUGUUUGCAAAUAGUUUGUAGAGUCAGUUUCACCAAAUCUGAAAUACUAGACGGAUGGAGUGAAGCCAAUCAGGCCGCACAUAGCAACAACCAAGUCAUCCAUCAGAGAAAAACACUGAGUUCCCAGUGAUUUUUAAAAUCAUUCUGCCUUUCACUGAGCUGUCUUUGUGUGGUGAGCCCCGCCCGUCUGGCACGAAGGAAGCCCCAAAUCAAACUGAAACAUAUUUGCGAGUACUGUUUGGUUCAGCUCGACAACUGCGGAGGAUCGACUGUUUAUCUCUUCAUCUCUCGACUCUGAGGGGCCGAGUGGGACUUCAAACCUGCUGUAGCCUUGUUUCCACACUGAUCUCAAGCUGUUUUUUUCCUUGACAAAUUAAACGGAAUUUUAAUUUCG